AACUCCGAGAAUUCAACCUUCGGCCUUCCAAAAAUAGAUAAAAAAUCUGGACGUUCCUACUUCAGCAACUUCAACGCAUUCCAUCUUUUUUAAUUGACAUUCCCAAUCAAAAUACCUAACCAACGUAUCAUCUUCUCUGCACUCUGUCGUUGAAAGUUGUCUCCUCUCCGGCGGCGAAAGUCGUCUCCUCUCCGGCGUUGUACUGUCUCCCCUCUGGCGCUCGAAAUUUCGGUGAACUCUCCGCGAACUCACUAGAAGUCGUCUUUAAAUCGAUAGUGCAUCGAACUGUUUGUCAUCAUCAGAGCAAUGACGAAGACCGACGGAAACUCGUCUUCUCUCCUAUCAUAUGUGAUUAGGUUUUGAAUCCUGCAGCCAUGGCAGACCAAGGGCUUGACCUGGCUCCUCUCGGUCUCCACCUUUCUCGCCAUGGAACCGGCAGACUCACUCAUCUCCCUUGCGAGAAUGGGAAAGGUUAUGUGCCUUAUGUCAAGAACAUUUUGAAGAAACUCAGUGUUGAAGCGGAGUCAAACCAUGGUGAUGUUCUGGAUGAACUAUACGAACAAUAUGCUUACAUUAUGACUUCUUUGAAGGAUGAACAUUUGGCUGAAAAGAAUAAGAAGCUCUGUAAAAACAUUACUUUUCUUUUUCCAGAUCGUAAUAACUAUUAUCUAUGUGACAUUUGUGAUUUAGGACUUGUAGGUAUGUUUGAUCUAUCAAGUUGUCCAACUUCAAGGAAACUGUUGGUGCCACUUCAAUGUUCCCUCAACAUGCUUGAAGGAGAUACAGGGCUGAGCUGUAUAGAAUUAAGAAGGCAUUUGAUGAAGCAGAACCUUUAUAUUCGGAGGCCAUGAACAUACUUGAGUCCUCAUUUAGUCCUGACUCCUGAAUAUAUGAUCUAUACAAAUUUUGGUGUUGAAAAGAGUGUUCGUCUAGAAGGUUUGAGUGAGGCACAAAUCUCCAAGGCACUCAAAAACCUUGUCAAAGGCGGGGAAGCCCUUAAGGCCUGAAAGUCACUACCCCUCUGGGCAUUAUGGAAUGAAAUGAAAUAAAUGGAUGAGUGGGAAGGUUCCCAACACAGUUUUCACUUUUAUUUUAACAAUCUAAAAGUUUAUUAGUCAAUACUAAGAGUUUACCGUUGAGUUUGCA